AUGAGAAAUCUCGCGGUGACGGAAUUUCAUAGUCCUAAUACUCUGAGCUGUGACAAGCCGGAGCCCAGGCAUAGUUUGGCCGGUCAGUUUUUGACUGUUUCGCUGUUCAAGGAGUAUCAAAAUGCUGCUAUGGCGAUAUUGGAGAAAAGUGACUAUACCAUGAUAUCAGGAAAUACUUAUGUGAAGAAGUCAGGUUGGAGGAAGAUAUCUUUCUACUUCAAUCUCUCUUUUGAAAUUAAAGACAAGACCAUUGAGUUCGAUGACAACCGCAAUGUUCAGCGUGCUGAGUUUGUUGUUCGUCCUUACAUGCAAGGUAGAAGAUUCUCAAAUGGAUGGGGUUCCUGUGAACGGCGCGAGAAGAAGUUCUCAAAACCAAAUCAUGAUAUUCCUAGCACAGCAGAAACAAGAGCUAAAAAUAGGGCAUGCCAGGACUUGCUUGGAAUUGGUGAGUACCGGCCAGGUGCCAGGCAUGCUUAG